GAGGAUCCAAAUUUAGCAGAGGAAGACAAACCAACGUUUAGUUGACACCUGUCAACCUGCUUUUUUGCAUGAGAUCGAUCAAUCUAUGCUAGUCACUAGUCAGAGACUUCAUAGUCAUUUUCAAGAAAAGUUAUACGAUUAUAACUACACUAUUUCAAGAUUCAAUGAAGAUCAUCAUCUUCCUCAGCCUGCUAGUUUUCUCCAUGAAUGUGGAAGGAAGAUACCAUUUCCACAAGAAUCAAAAGAAAGCGUCCUCUGAUCAUCCUCCUAAUGCAAGUAUACCUCAACCUCAACCUCAACCUCAACCUCCUGUGUACCCACCAUCAGUUCCUUCUGAUCCGGGUUCUGCUCCAACCGACCCGGGUGAGGAUACGGACUCCGGGCCAUGUGUUUUUGACGUGACGGAUUAUGGUGCCAUUGGAGAUGGUUCCACCGACGACACUCCUGCUUUCAAGGCGGCGUGGAAGGAUGCUUGUGCAGUAGCAUCCGCUACAGUUUUAGUCCCCUCCGGUUGCACGUUCAUGAUAACUUCCACCAUUUUCUCCGGACCUUGCAAACCAGGACUCGUGUUUCAAGUGGAUGGGAUCCUAACGCCACCUGCCGGACCUGACUGCUGGCCGGAGAAAGAUAGCAAAAAACAAUGGCUUGUGUUUUAUAAACUCGAUAACAUGACUUUGACUGGAACUGGCACGAUUGAAGGCAAUGGCCAAGACUGGUGGGACCUACCCUGCAAGCCUCAUCGGGGUCCUGGUGGCUCAACAUUACCUGGACCAUGUGACAGCCCUACAUUAAUUCGGUUCUUUAUGAGCUCAAAUUUGCAUUUGAGUGGACUACGAAUACAAAAUAGUCCAAUGUUCCAUGUGAAAUUUGAUGGAUGUGAAGGGGUAAUGAUAGAUAAAGUGUCCAUUUCUUCUCCUAAGCUAAGCCCAAACACCGAUGGUAUUCAUAUCGAGAACACAAAGUCUGUGGGGAUCUAUAAUUCAAUGAUAGGCAAUGGUGAUGACUGCAUCUCAAUUGGACCCGGGUGCAUAAAUGUUGACAUAGAGGGUGUUACAUGUGGGCCUAGUCAUGGGAUCAGUAUUGGGAGCCUAGGGGUUCACAACUCACAGGCGUGUGUUUCCAACAUAACUGUAAGCAAUGUGAUAAUACGCGAUUCCGACAACGGAGUUAGGAUAAAGACAUGGCAAGGUGGGGCCGGAUCGGUAACAGGGAUAGCUUUUGAGAACAUUCAAAUGGAGAAUGUGAGGAAUUGCGCCAUUAUAGACCAGUACUACUGUGCAAACAAGAACUGUGAAAACCAAACGUCAGCUGUGUAUGUUAGAGACAUAUCUUUCAGAAACAUAAAGGGGACAUACGAUGUGAGAAGCCCUCCCAUUCAUUUUGCUUGUAGUGACAGUGUCGCUUGUACUAACAUAACCAUGUCGGAGGUGGAGCUUUUACCCUUUGAAGGGGAAUUGGUGGAUGAUCCGUUUUGUUGGAAUGCUUAUGGGGUACAAGAGACUUUGACUAUUCCUCCGAUUGAUUGUUUACAGGAUGGAAUGCCACAAUCGGUGUCUGAUGAAGGCGUAUAUGAGUGCUCUUGAUGGGUAUUUGGCUUGGGUACGACUUUUUUCUGGGUAUUCUAGUUUAGACCUAUAUCUAUACUCUAUAGAGUUAUAAAUACUGUAUAGAACCCAAUUAUAUUGUUGCGAUUGGGAAAUUGUGUGUCCUCACACAGUCGUUUCUUGAAAUUUAUAAGUAUAAUACAUCAAUGGAAUUAGGAUGUCAUUGGGGAUGUGUGAUGGUUUGUCAUAUGUAUGUAUAUUCCACUUAGAUGAAGAAUCAGUCCACUCAGUUUUUGUUUGUUUGAC